AAUCUAUGCCAUGCCUAACUGAAAGGCUUACAAAUACCCUAGUCAAAACUGGGAUUCAAUUCAAAAAUCGCAUUAUCGUAGCCUCCGCCCUCAGCGUCGGCCGCCCUACGGCCCGCCCCGCGUAAACAAACAUGUAGAGGGGCCACGCGGCCCGACCGAGACGCACGAUGUGCAAGCGAGACACAGCUCCGCGCAACGCCAAAACCCGAACCCUACAAUUAGUAGGCGAGAUUCGUUCGCCGCAUCAAUCCGUUAAGAUAAUUGCUCCGAAUUUUCUUGGGAUUUUCGCGUGUGAUGUGACGUCAUCUUUGUGGAAAAUCUGAUGGGCCGAUAUGCAUUGUGCAUACUAUCAGCAGCAUGGGGAGCACCCAGUGAACCAUAAUGGGAGUAAUCAUUAUUUCAAUGAGGAACAUCCGAGCUUACGCGGCACGCCGCUGGCGAUGUUGGCGGCGCAGUGCAACAAGCUGUCGAGUAAAUCUCCGCCGCCGCUGGCCGACGCAGCCGUUGGCAAGGGCUUCCACCCGUGGAAGAAGAGCCCCGGCGCGCACUCCCCGCCCGGCGGCGGCGGCGCGCCGCGCUCGCAGCCGCCCGCCUGCACCCCCUACGGCCGAGGACCCACAUCUUGUGCCGCGCCACCCUCCUAUGGAAACGACCUCUAUUUCCCGUCAUCCGGCGACCAACUCCUAGGCAAAAGCGAAUCCAGUGCGAGUCUCGGCUCGAUGUACUCCCGACACCCCUAUGAAUCGUGGCCUUUCAACGUCGGCGGCGGCGGCAGUAGUGGUGCCUUAAAAGCUGCCGAAAUGGGCGGCGUCGGUGCCGUCGGCGGUACGUGGUGGGAUGUUCACAGCGGAUGGUUAGACGUCGGAGGACAAAUGGCAAAUUACGCGGGCCAAGACUACUCGCAAUUAACGCAUUCACUAUCCGGUGGUGCUCACUUACUACCCCCCGCCCCGCAUCUGCUUCAAGACGCAUACAAAUCCGUGUUGCCGACGCAGGGUUCGUUUGGUCUGCACGGGCCGGGUUCACCGGCGCCACCCGCGCAAGCUCCUUCUCCACGGUCGCAGCGCCGGUACGCCGGCCGAGCCACCUGCGACUGCCCCAACUGCCAAGAAGCAGAGAGGCUGGGCCCCGCGGGCGCUCAUCUAAGAAAAAAAAACAUUCACAGUUGUCACAUACCCGGCUGUGGGAAAGUGUACGGCAAAACGUCCCACCUAAAAGCCCACCUUCGCUGGCACACAGGCGAAAGGCCUUUCGUAUGCAACUGGUUAUUCUGCGGGAAGAGGUUCACGCGCUCCGACGAGCUGCAGCGGCACCUGCGCACGCACACCGGAGAGAAGAGGUUCGCGUGUCCAGUGUGCAAUAAGAGAUUUAUGCGGUCAGACCACCUAGCGAAACAUGUGAAAACGCAUAACGGAGGUAAAAAAGGCAGUUCGGAUUCGUGUUCGGACUCGGAGGAGAACAGCCAAGGGGAAGGCGGCGUGGGCGGACGGUCACCGGAGCACCCGCUGGACGUGAAGCCGGGCUCGCUGGUGUGACGCGCGCGCGCGGCCGCGCCGCCCGCCGCCGCCGCGCCGCCGCUGCCGCUACUGCACCACGCACCGCUCCUGUGAUACUACCGCCCGCGCCCCGAGCCCGGGCCUGUACAUACCACAUAUCAGAACAUUGUACAUAGUAACGUGCUCCUGUAAAAUAGACAAUGCGGUAUUGCAGCCGUUGUGUAUUUGUCGUGAGACUUAAGUGUUGUACAGUAUAGAACGCUAAUGAUAUAGUAAGAAUUGUAUGGUUAAUUAGAAUAAGUAGAUCACUCUUUUAGUCCAAAAUUACAGUUCAUUAUUUAUUACAUUACUUUAUAUUUUAUAUAAUAAUACCUCAAUUGAUAUGAAUGAAAACGAAUUUAUUGUCGGACCCUGCUAAUGCUUAUGUUCUUGCCUGUAAUUUAUGUAUGUAUAAAGAUAACUAUUUUACAUGCAGUUUUGUGAAUAAUAUGGCUCCUACUUAAUGGUAGUUUAAGCCGGACUGCUGGGUAUAUUGACUUUGCAAUAUUAAUUAGAUAUAUGAACUGUACGGUCAAUGAAUAUGCCAAGGGAAUUAUCAAUAUUGACCAAAAAAAAAAUUCGAUAAACCGAGACACCGACAAAACAACUUUAUGCUUAUGCUUACUCUUAAAAUAUAUACGAGACUAAAAUAUGCACUAGAUACCUAACUAAUUGU